AUGCCACAUGUCCCACUAGGAAGCCACGAUGCUACUGCUCUCCCACAGAAUCAGCAUAGCGCGUUCGGUCUGACGCAGGGUGCGUUCGCCCUCGGCUCUCAACUUGGCGAACAGCGGUAUACCCACGGUGCUGCAGCACAACUACAGCACACCCACGCUGCGGUGGAACUGCAGCAGCAACAUACUGCCACCAGCCCCCUGCGCCAGCACGUGGCCACUGAUUACGUGCCUCUCAAUGGUUUCCCCCAGUGCACUCUCUCCGGUUUUCAAAAUCGCACUGCUUCUGGUCCCCCCAACCGCGUCAGGCCAGAGCCCACAGCGCCACACGCUAUUUCAGUCCCAGACCGCAUUCCAGCUCAACAUGCACACCAUUGGGAAGCCUCCGCUUCACUUCGACACCCUCUUUCGGACGACGCAGAGUCCGCAGCCGCUAAGCGCCCACGUCGCAGCGACGAGAACGCGGUUCCUCACCCAGUCCAGGAGUCACGGCCAGCCUUGAACUCCCAGGCGAAUGACAAGAUGAAGGCUGGAGCUGCAACACUGCCAACCUCUGACCGUCCUCCUUCAUCUGGUGGUGGGGCUGGUGAUCGCCAGUGGACCAUUGGUGAGGAUAUGUUUGUGGUGUUGAGGAUACUCGGGCCCUACGGUCCCGAACUAGGAAAGCAGAUGAUGACAAUGAAGAAUUACUGUGAGAAGGUGAGUUACGAUUAA